AUGCCGCGCCUGAACAUCGUGGCAGCAGGCCUUCAGGAGGUUCGAUGGCUGGAUUUAGGAGAGACCGACGCUGGGAAGUACAUGCUGCUCUGGAGUGGCCUCAGUUUACUGCACGUUCAGGGUGUCGCGAUCGCCCUCCACCACCGGGUGGCUGCUUCUUUGGUCACCUGGAAACCAUUGGGCCCUCAGCUUAUUUACGCCAGACUGCGUCACACCUGCGGCUUUGUCUCCGUUGUCUGCUGUUAUGCCAUAACUGAGAUAGCUGAUGACACUGACUGCGUACAACAUGAGCUGCAGCGGAUCUCCAAGCAUGGUGUUACCGUUGUGCUGGGUGAUUUCAACGCGACUGUUGGCGCAAACCGACUGGCUUCAGGAGUAUCCUGGGACCGCACCCUGCUGGAGCGGCGAAUGACAACGGCUUAA